GGCGGCUCCCACCUGCCUGGGAACAUGGGAGUCCGCGGCCCGGGCCGGCAGGGGGGGCGGCUGCCUGGGACCCCAGCAGGGCGCCUCUGCCUGUCUUUCUGCUUCUGGGCUUUCUGAAAAGCUGCUAAGUCCCAGGACCUCUUCCAACUCUCUUCUGUUUUAAGGAUUCUUUCUAAAGGUUUGAUUUUUUUUUUUUUUUUUUUCCUCUCUCUCUCCCUUUUUACUGGAGACGCUUUGGUCAGGUAUUUUUCUCUGCCUGGCUUCUUCCACCCACACCUCUCCCCACGCUUUAACUUUUUUGUGACUUGUUUCAACUUGAGAUUGGGAGUGAAUACAUUCCUAUAUACGCACAUACAAAUAUACAUUUAUAUAAAUAUUUAUAUAUAUAUAAUUAUUAUUUUCUAAGAGCACAUCUCUCUGGCACUUUUCAUUGAUACCUCUGUCCUUUACCUCUUUGGGAUCUGACAAGCUCUCCAGACUCUGUGGCUGUGGAUUCUGAUUGCUUUGCAAAUGGGUAUUUCUUCACAGGAACUGGGUUUCCAGCACUCACUAAGACAGACCUCUGAGUAACUGGGGACUUGGCCUGCCUUGCCUACUGAGCUUGGGGCAGAUCGGAUGGAGAUGAGUUGAUGAUAUUCUAUGAAGUAAUAGCUCACCACCAGCCAGGGUUUAAACUACUUUUGCAGCAUCACUUCACCUGUGGACUCUUCUAAAUUUUGCUUUCUUGGGGGAAAAAAAAAAAAAAAAAAACCUGGGGUAAGAGAAGGUCGUUUUUUAACAAGUUAGCAUCCUUUUUCCUCUUUGACAAGUUGAUGCAAAGGAUAAGGCUGUGACUCCAUUGGAUUGCACCUUCAAAUCAAAAUAGGAGAAGAACAAGAAGAAAGGGACAAUGGCUUUGAGUGGAAACUGUAGUCGUUAUUAUUCUCGAGAACAAGGGGCUGCAGUUCCCAACUCCUUCCCUGAGGUCAUGGAGCUGAAUGUUGGGGGUCAGGUUUAUUUCACCCGCCAUUCCACAUUAAUAAGCAUCCCUCAUUCCCUUCUGUGGAAAAUGUUUUCCCCAAAGAGAGACUCGGCUAACGAUCUAGCCAAGGACUCCAAAGGAAGGUUUUUCAUUGACAGAGAUGGAUUCUUGUUCCGUUACAUUCUGGACUAUCUCAGGGACAGGCAGGUGGUCUUGCCUGAUCACUUCCCAGAAAGGGGAAGACUGAAAAGGGAGGCUGAGUACUUCCAGCUCCCGGACUUGGUCAAACUCCUGACCCCUGAUGAAAUCAAGCAAAGCCCGGACGAAUUCUGCCAUAGUGACUUUGAAGAUGCCUCCCAAGGAAGCGACACGAGAAUCUGCCCUCCUUCCUCAGUGCUCCCUGCGGACCGCAAAUGGGGCUUCAUUACGGUGGGCUACAGGGGGUCCUGUACCAUGGGCAGAGAGGGGCAGGCAGAUGCCAAGUUUCGGAGAGUUCCCCGGAUUUUGGUUUGUGGAAGGAUUUCCUUGGCAAAAGAGGUCUUCGGAGAAACUUUGAAUGAGAGCAGAGACCCUGACCGAGCCCCAGAACGAUACACCUCCAGAUUUUAUCUCAAAUUCAAGCAUCUGGAAAGGGCUUUUGAUAUGUUGUCAGAGUGUGGAUUCCACAUGGUAGCCUGUAACUCCUCUGUAACAGCAUCUUUUGUCAACCAAUAUACAGAUGAUAAGAUCUGGUCAAGCUAUACUGAAUAUGUCUUCUACCGUGAGCCUUCGAGGUGGUCACCCUCCCACUGCGACUGCUGCUGCAAGAAUGCCACAGGGGACAAGGAAGGGGAGAGUGGCACAUCUUGCAACGACCUCUCCACCUCCAGCUGUGACAGCCAGUCUGAGGCCAGCUCUCCCCAGGAAACGGUCAUCUGUGGGCCUGUGACACGCCAGACCAACAUCCAGACUCUGGACCGUCCCAUCAAGAAGGGCCCUGUGCAGCUGAUCCAACAGUCUGAGAUGCGGCGGAAAAGUGACCUGCUCCGGACUCUGACUUCGGGCUCCAGGGAGUCGAACAUGAGCAGCAAAAAAAAAGCCGUUAAGGAAAAGCUCUCAAUUGAGGAGGAGCUGGAGAAAUGCAUCCAGGAUUUCCUAAAGAUCAAAAUCCCAGAUCGGUUCCCUGAGAGAAAACAUCCUUGGCAAUCUGAACUUUUGCGGAAGUAUCAUCUAUAGGGGAGGGCCAGGGUGGGAGAAGGAAUGAAUCAUGUGACCAUUUGGAAAUAAACCUCCUAACGAAAUUCGUAUUUGAAAAGGAAAGUAACAACUAACAAUACGUUUGUUAGAACACAGUAGCCCAUUGAUAUACUACUGCCUAUUUACCUAGUUCACCUUAACAUUUGAAUCCACAGGGUAGAUUUCUUUCCAGAUGUGGAAUGAUAAGAAAAUCUCUUUUGGUUCCUUUGUUUGUUUGUUCGUUUGCUUGUUAACUGGGUACCGUGUGCUGAGUAUCGUAUGUAUAAUGAGAGCCAGCUACAGAAGAGUAGCUGAGAGGCUUUGGGAGUCCUUUAUCCCAAACUGGGUUUUUCUCUCAUCUUCUACCUCCCUCCUUUGAAUGAGAAUAUGGUAGAAAGAGAUCUGGCCCAAUGGCAUAUGCUUGGAUUUUUUAAUUUUCCUUUUCCCUUUUGUUUAUGGGGUAAGGGGGGAAAUGGCAGAUUUAUAUGACUUUUCACUGAAAUCUAUUAUGUGCCAGUUUAUAUCGACGCUGUAUGCAUGAGUAUUUGUGCGACACAAGCACAACGAUGUCUGUACAUACACACAGUGCACAUGUCCCCAGGGCCUGGGCAUCCGAAGGGGAACACCCCUGCUCCCAGCAGCAUUCUCUUAGACUACUUUAGACAGAUGAGCCUCUGCUCCUUUCUUAAAACCCUUCCGGGAAGACUUCCCAGCCUCUAUUGGCAACACUUUCCAACAUCGGGUAACCCUGGUCAUCAACAAAUUGUCUUCCUUAUUUUGAAAUUAACACCCUCAGGCUCCAUUUUACAGUUUUGCUCUUCCUCUGCACUAGGAGAGGGUGAGAAGACCUAGUAAAACAUUCUUUGUAUUAAAGAAACAAACAUUCGUAUCCACAAAAAUUAUGACUCAGUGACCCCACGCUCAGCCUUCUCUACCCUGAGCUGAGUUACCUUCCUUCCCUCAAUGUUUUCAGAGUCCUUACUGCCCAUGUUUUAAUGGUGUGGCCUUUUCAUGUGAUCCAUAUUCAGUUCUCCACAUCCCUGUGGAGUUGAAGAAGUAAGAACAACACACAGUACUUGAAUAAGGCUCCAGCUUUUUGUUUGUUUCUUUAAGAGGGAAUUGUAUUCCACACACCGCCUAAUAAUUUCUCAUGACUUUUUAAAACUACAGCGCUGCGUUGUUACUUUCUUGUAGCCAGUUUUGUCUGUGGGGUUCUGGGAUUUGGCUGUGCCUAUGCUGGGAUUUGGCUGUCAUUUCCCCAGUGUCUGUGAACAACCCAACUAGAUAACUAAAGCUUCAGAAUUAAGAUUUUGGCUUUCUAAAGUGUCUUCCUUGAAUACAUCUUUGACCUGUAUAGACACAGCCAAAAAGAAGCUGUUACUAGCCAUCUAUCCAUAUGACUGUAUUUUAUUAAUGUACCAAUAGCUCUUUCAUAGGCUUGUGGUAAAUGAAGAUUAAAAGACCAGUCUUUAUUUUUCAGCAUUCUUCUUGCAUUUCAGUGGGAACUUAGAAAAUAAUUUGUCAAUCACUAUCUGUGUGCCAAGCACGCCUAGUUUUAUUAUUAUUAUUAUUAUUAUUAUUAUUAUUAUUAUUGUGUGUGUGUGUAUGUGUAUAUGUAUCACAGGUAAUAAAGGCAAUUGGAUGAUGUCUGUAGGAGGGAAAAAUAACGAACAAUUGCUUUCUCUUGAAAUAUAUUGUUGACACACAUUUAUUAUGUCAGAGGUUCUCUCUUGAUUCCUAUUAUCAGUGCCCAUUAGUACAUGGGUAUCUUCCUGAAUUUUUGUGACUCUUGCCCUCACAUCUGGGCAACAGACUCAGCCAAUGUUUUCUUGUCCUGAGGCUCAAAUGAAAUUUAAAGUUCUACUUAAGUGGAAAAGAAAGUUCAUCUGUGGAGUUGAGUUGUCAAGAGAAUCAUCAUUUAGGAAUUUAAGUGAUUCUUUUAUGAAUUAAUCCAUUAGCAGGCAUUUGUUCUUAGCUAAGCAUAGUUUUGUAAAGCCCUACCAAUAUGUCUUCAUUUCUUUCAGUGUGUCUUAAUACUGCAUCUUUCUAUUAAUAGAGGAUCCUGCCAAAAAAAAAAAAAAAAUCACAAAAUUUAAUGGUCAAGAAGAAGUAGAAUAGAGAUUAAACAUCUUCAAACUCACUUAAGUCAGAUGAUGCCUGUGGCUCUGUUGGAGUUUGGCAUCAUCUCCAACUUCCUUAAGUUUCAGACCUAACUCUAAUGGCAUUAAGAUAGAGAUACACCAGUAAGAACUAGAGAAGGAGGAAGAUGUCGAUCAACUCACUGCUUCCACUGCCUGCUUUACACAGGAGAGCAAACAAUGCAAAGACAAUGUUCAUGGCAUACUUUUCUGUCCCUUGACCUGUCGUGAACUUUUUUUCUGCUUUGGUACUCCUUAUGCCUCCUUGUGAGCAAAGCAAGUGGUAGGAAAUCUGAUUAAAACAAUAAUAACAUUUUUAAUAUGGGCCAGCUCUAGACCAACACCCACUCCAGAUAUUCCAAAGAGCUAAGACAACAGCAAGGUGUUUAUUUGUGUGGCUGUUAGUAUAAAGAUGAAUACAGACCUACUCAGUGAAAAGCUCUGAGGAGGCACCAAGUCAAUGGAAACCUUCAGUCCUACUUUGAGUAAAGUUAUCAAGUGAGGUCUAGGUGGCUUGCCACACUGGGAAUGAUUUAAUGGUAAGUGAGUUAUAAGAGUAAAUGCUCCAGUGACCCCGAUUCACACCUGCUUCCCCAAAUUUAAAAGUUUUCAGAACUCUUAGUUCACUUCUGGACAGGACAACGUAUGUGGUUCCCUUCUUGAAUAUUGGUUAUGAUGAGGGUCAUAAUUUGCUGAUGUGAAGAAACUAAAAGCAUCAGAUGGAUCAAAUGAAUGAGGAAACAUAUGUAUAGAAUUCUAACUUAGGUUUCCUCCUUCAAUCUUGCAAUGCUAAACUCCAGUGACCUUGGGGAGGUCAUGGUCUACAGGUAUGUGGAUCUCCUGGAGUCAGGAAUAUAUUUCUCGAGUCCUCCUACCCAUUGAGCUUUCCUGUUCAGCAGGAAAGGGGAAGACAGGAAAAUAAAACCGUGAGGUCACUGUGGUGGUGUGCUCACCCUCCCCCACCUAAGAAAACACUGCACUGAGGUAUGGUCAUAAACAGCCAAAUGAAGUGGCUUCCCCAAUACACAGUGGUGUUAUGCUCUGUGAUUGUAGGCAGUUGUCUUACUGGAAAUGCAUGUGUGGUAAAUUAAAAUAAAAGGGGAACAAUGCACAAAUCACUUGUUCCCUUCACUCUUUAUUCCCCCAUAGCUCCAUUUACCCCCACCUGAUUCACUUUAGGGAGACACAUUUAUUAAAAGAAAACAAAUGGAACUCUUCUUUAUUCAGGUGCUCCUGUUUGAUUCAGAGGCACCUUUAUUCUAGGGACAGAUGUGUGCUCUUCAUGGUGGAUCUUCUUAUCAACUCUUGGUCCUUCUGGAUUAUUUUGCUUCUCUGGCCUUUAGAUUCCCCUCUGAUUGUCCUUUGUCUCUGCCAAGCAAAACAUGUUCCAGUGAGAAAAAGAAAAGGCAUGUAUGGUGUCUUGCAAAAUUACUUGACACCAGCUCCCAUAAUGGGAGCCAAACGUUGAUUCUCAGACAUUUUCCUUUGUUGUACUUUUAACCUUCCAACUUUGUAUUUACCAUAGUGAUUUAACCCAGAGCACUUGAGUGCUGGUAUUUUCUACCACUAGAUAUCAUGUUGUAAAAUGUGACUAACUUUGGUCUUCCUAGAUGAUCUUUGAGUUAAUAAGAGUCUUUCUGUGGACUUUUAGGAAGAGUUCUUUGUCAUCCCCACUUGAUAUAGCAAUUUUCAUAGGAAAAAUGAAGAGAGUUAUUUUUUUCCCCUGGUGACUCUGUGGCAGAUACAUGUUUUUGCCAAUUUGCAUGCUUAUCGGUUUAGCAUGGACCAUUUCUCUCUUUAAUGUCUUGGUAUUGUUGGCAACUUGCAAUCUUGAUGGCCCACUGUUUCAAUUUAUUUACUUUCUUUUAUAUUGUCAAAAUAACACAAUAGAGAAGGAAUCAGAAUGAGUAUUCUGUAUUCUGAGUUAAAAUGGAGUUAGAUGUCAUUUGUACAGGAGUGUACAAUGAUUAAUAUCUGCAGAGAAAUUAGACCAAAUGAAACCUGCUGGAAUGGGUUUGAUUGAUAUUGCCUUCAUCUCUCUGGUUUUAGAUGAAAUGGUUAUUGCUCUCCACCCCUGCUGAAAGAAAAGAGUCUUAAACUUUAAUAAUCACCAUGUUGUGAUGCGACCACAGAACUUAUAUGUUUGAAAUGUCUAUAUUUCUCAUCUUGCAACAUACAUUAGAAUGGAGAUUCUUUUCCUAGUGACCCCCACUGCAAACUUUUUAGCAGUGUUUUUCAAUACUCAGCAUGCACAAAAACCAUUUGUAGCACUUGUAAAAAUGCAGAUCCCUUUAUCCUGGUCCCAGAGAGUCAGUCAGAAACAUUGAGCAGGGCCAAGGAAUCUGCAUUUUAGUCCAACAUCCUUCAUGAUUUUGAUGAGAUGAUCUAUGGACCUUCUUUUAAGAAAUCCUGUUCUUGGGGAGUUGACUGUGCAGAGGUCUACAUCUUUUCACUUCCUUUCACUUUCCUUCCCUUACAAAGAAGUCAAAACUUGCAUUAUUUUUUUUAAGAGGAAAAGCCCAAAGAAGAGUAUUCCAGGACCAGGGCAGAGUAGAUUCCAUUACUCCUUUGCCCUUUCAUCUGCCUGUCAACCACCUCUCCAUUUUGUGUGUAUUUGUGUGUUCGAUUUUUGUUUUAUUUUGUUUUUUUUUUUUUCCCAAACUGAAAGCCUGCAUCAAUAUAGUUUUUACUCUGGAUACUCUGGGUAGAUGGGAACACAUCUCUGAGUGAGCUGUAUCCUUAUGAUACCCAUCAAGGAAGAAAAACAAAUGAACUUUCCCAGGCGGAGUUGUUCAUUCCCAUGCCUUGUGCAGUGUGAGUCAGAGGAACUGGAGAAUGAUCCAUAAUUUAAUGGUGGUGUGUAUGGCCCCAAAGGUGGUUCCACUAACUGCAUGUACAAACACCACCAAAAUGAAUAUGGAAUGAUUAGUGAAUUUACUGCAUUUCACCUAUAAAAUCCUGAGUCAUUGGAUUGCUAAAUUUGUCCAAUCUGACUCAUGCAGGAUUAUGAAACUCUCAAAUAGUUGAAGAUCCUGAACUCCAAUAUUAACUAAAAACUGCAAGCAAAACCCAUGAGGGAAAAUAAAUACAAAGAAAGAAAGGGUGAAUUCAAAAUAGUGGCCAUAUUUCAUACAUAGUGACAAGAAGGAGAUGAAGUUCUACAUGUUUCCACUCACUCACCAGAAAGGAAGGCCAUACUGUGAUUAUUCAGAUAGAAACAAUUUUGGAGAGUUUCAGUGGUCCAGUUGGUUCUACCCCUAUAAUAGAAUAACUGGACAGGUUGAUCAAAUUCCCAUAUGGUAAGAGAAAUGGAGAAUGAGUGGCUUAAAUACAUGCUUGUGGUGAUCCUUGGUGAAUAUUUAAGUAAAGACAACUGUCACAGGAAAGUGAAGAAUGGCUAAUGAAACUAAUAAACUUGAAUUGCUAAUUAAGAGUAUUUGGCCAGGAUUUUUUUUUAAUGUUAAAUUUGAUUUAGCUUGCUUCCCCCCCUACUUCCCAAGUGAGAUCCCUUUACUGUCCCAACUUCCUAACCUUUAAAAAAUGUUCCUCCUGUUUGUGAACAAACUGUGUUUAUUGGGUAAAGAAUUUUUAGUUCCUAGACUGUCUUCCUUGCUUUAUUUAAGGAAUUUACUUUGAAAAAGCUAAAGAAAAAUGUGCCCUGGCCCUGCAACUCUCAAGGGGUUUGUUCUGGGCCAAGGGGUGGUGAUUUUCCUGUUAAUCAGGCUUCUAAAAGCAUUUAUAUCCCAACUGGAAGAUUUAGUCUCUCCUUUUUCCAGAAACCUCUUCCAUCUUGUCACUUUAUUCUUAGAAUUGACCUUUAGUUAAUUUAACUGCAUUUGCACGAUAAAAAUCAACAUUGCUUUCAGACCCUGCUGCUGCUGGUUGGCUUCAUCCAUCACAAAUGGACGUAGGAUUGAUGCACAAGAAAGUAGUGGAGAAGAGUUGCUUUAUACUUGUGCCUCUUGUGUGAGGGUGUGUGAAUGUGUACAUACACACUUGUGCAAUUUUUAGAUCGAUGUUGCAUCAGUCGCCAAUGUCCAUGGUAAACCUAUCUCAAUGUGUGGAAAAAGUCUUUGGUUACAAAGCUUCACAGCUUUUAAAUUCAGCACAAUAGCUUGUCUUUACUAUGGGUGUCAACGCUUGACAAGGUUGAAUAAAGCUGGUCUCCUCGUGUGAGAUUCAAGCAUUACAGAUUUCUGAGCAAAAAAUCAAACUCAUUUUUAUUUAUAUAGUCACUAGUGGCAGUGGCAUUUACUCAAAAAAAAUUGAAAAGGAGAGAAAAGAAAAAGAAUGCAUGAAAGCUUAAAUAUACAUAGAAUUCACAGUGAUCACUAACAGUUUUUCUCAGUUGCAGCCAGUGGUCAGUGGUUUAUUCUUGUAUGUGAGAGACAGAACCAAUUUCAGGAAACACUCAUCUCUGACUUGUGUGGGUUAUGUGUACUUAGGGCAGUGGCUCUCACCCAGGAAUGAUUUUUGUGCCCCAGGGGGACUUUAGGCAAUGUUUGGAGACAUGUUUGAUUGCCCUGACUUCUGAGGUACUAACUGGCAUCCAAUGGGUAAAGAUCAGAGAUGUUGCUAAACAUCCCAGAAUGCAGAAGACCCCUCGCAACAAAUAAUUAUACAGCCUGAAAUGUCAAUAGCGCUGAGGUUGAAAACCCCUGAGUUAUGGGUUGGCUCUAAUUUUCCAUUUUUUUACCAUAUAGAGAAAGACAUCUGGGUCAGAGCUAAAAGGAAAUAGCACAAUAGUAAUUAGUAGCACCUUAGAUAAGUACAGAGUUUAUUUGGGAUUAUAUACAGUUGUCCCUUUAUACAGAUGUGGAUGCUGAGAUUUAGAGAGAAAUAGGUCCCGUUUUCCAUGGUUUCAGUAGUGAUGGGGAAGGUGUGUGGUCUGAGUUUCAGUCUUCUAUGGCAGUCGCUUUCUGCCUCAGAAAAACAAUACCUUUGAUGAAGUCAUCAACCGUAUAACAACUACAUGUGUUUGGUGGAAAGUGCUUUGGGAGCAUUUUCCAUUCAUGUAACACAAUUAGGGAUGCUUUUCAAGCUGAGCAACAGGUGCUCUUAGAAAUAAAACAAGAAGAAAGGAAGAAAAGUGCUGAGAACAGGCCAAGAAUUUUGUCAUCUUGAACCGCUCACUGUGUACUUUGUUUCUUAAGGUUGAAACUCCCCUCACUAAAGAGGACACUUAGAUCUUGGAAAAUAUUAUUGUCAGACUCACACAGGUGGUCCCAAUGCCCUUGUUUUCAAAGAUGUGAUGAGUCUAAGCAUAAAGUAGUAUGACUACUGAGCCUUAUUAUAUCAUUUGUAUAUACUGACUUCAUUAGGACACAGAACAUGUGGGUGUCUUAUAUAUUUGACAUUUUUCUUUUAACUUAUCAUACUGAUAUUCCAGUGAUGGAAUCAAGGUCAGAACAUUCUAUCCUCAUUUCAUACAAGGGAAACUGGGACCCAGAGACUUAAAGUCAUUCAUUCAUUUGUUCAUGCAUGUAUUUGAUGGGUAUUUGUUGAGUGCCUACCAUGUACAGGCCACUGUCAUGAGCAUUAUAAUCUACUAGGGAAUCAAAUUUGUGAUACAGAACUUGAAUUCAGAUUAUCCAAAUUCUAGACUAACAUUAUUUUUCUAUGUAAUUCUGAUCCACGUUCUAGAUUUCUAAUUUAAAUAUUAAGUUAUAAAUAAUGUAUAUUAAGGAGUGUGUGCACUUAAGAAAUAUGUGCCAGGAACUGUAAUAAAUGAUUCACAUGCCUCAUCUCAUUUAAUCCUAUAACAACCCAAUGAAGUAAGCCUUGUUACUGUCCUCUUUUUACAGAGGUCAAUGUAACUAGACAGGGGCAGAGCCAGAUUUUCAUGUUGGUUUAUUGGACUCCAAGUCUGAUGGCUUAACCACCUCAUUAUAUAAUGUCUUGUCUCUGUUCUCUGGAUUUCACCUGUUUCUGGUUUCUUCUAUUCUAACCAAAAGAUAGCCAGGAAGAAUCCAGCCUGACAUACUUCCAGAAAGUCAUUAGCUAUUUUUAAUUAUAAAUUCCAUUAGACACGCAUUUCCCUAGGAGAUAAAGGAAAGGCACACUUGGAGGCAUACUUUUGCCUACCGUAGACUGCACUUUAUGACACCAGCCCUAUCAAAGGGUUAGUUACAGAACAAAUGCCGUGUGAAUACUGUACCUUUGUGUACACCUAAAGGGUGUGUUCACAUCCAAAGCAGCAAGAUAGAUUCCAUGUUAGGACAACGGCACCUACACCUGCUUGCUGUGCUGUUUAUAGGUUACCAGGGCAGAGUUCAUGAGAGAUUAAAUAGGUGUCUAUGCACGCAUGUGUGAUACAUGCAUGUAUGUACUAUUUUCACCUUUGGGCCUUUUAAACAAAAUCAGUUUUUGUUCAAGAAAGGUCAGAAAUCCAGCCAUGGUUUCCUGCCCCCCAGCAUACUAUCAUCAGUAUUCCAAGUUGAAAAAGGAGAAGCAACUACAGAAAAGAGACUGCAUUGAGAUGUGUGUGUGUGUGUGUGUGUGUGUGUGUGUGUAUGAAGAAUGUAUGCCCAUGUACAUUGUGUAUGUGUGUUUAUAUAUAAAUUUUAUGUAUAUAUGUAUAUAUGUGUGUACAUGUAUCUAAAUGUAUAUAUAUAUCUAUAUCUAUACAUAUGUAUACACACAUAAACAGAUCUCAUAGUUUGAAACUCGGAUUUUGAGUUUAAGGGAUUAUUAUUAUUUAUAAUGGGUUUCAUAGAUAGUUUAAUAUAGUUCUGUUUUCCAAAAUUCUCUCCCACUAUGAGUGUAUAUAUUUAUGGUACAGAAAAUAUGAUUAGAAUACUUUGUUUUAACAUCUAUAGAUACAAAAUCAAACAAAAGUGCAUUUAAAGAAAGCCAAACUUGUAAAAACUGGCUUUCUUAUUUCAACCAUUUGUUAGAAUUUCAAAGUAUGUGUUUUCAAACAUCAUCAUUUAAAAAAAAAUGAAAGAAAGAAAAAACCCAAAAGAACAAAAAAACAAAACAAAAAACCCACCAAGUGAAUAUGACAAUGUUUAAGAAGAAAAGAAUAAGAAAAUAUAAGUCUGUGAAAGCACAUAUUCUGUGGUUAUUACGCUAAUGGUAGUUCACCUACUGUUGUUUGAUUUAUUCUUAACUACUGAUCUCACUUCAUCUUUAAUGGGGGGGGGGGCUCCUGUGGCCAUAUGCACUUUGUAGGUGGAGCUAAUUAUCUGUUUAAUUAUUUUAAAGCUAUAGUAAAGAAUUUAUAAUAUGCACACUGUAAAUAUAUACUAAAGCUUAAGGGUACAUUGUAAUAAUAACCAAACACUUUCUAGGCUCCUGCAAAUAACCCUGUAAGCCUGUUCAUACAGACACCAAAAUAGCUGCCCAAAGAAGGAACAACAUGCAGUUAAAUGAAAGACAAUGUUGCUUAUGUUUUGGCAUCCUAUAGACAUAAUGGCCAAGUGACUAAAAUUGGGGUUCUCUGAAGAAUAUGGUAAGUUAUAUUUUCAUUCAUAACCAUGUGCUUUCCAUACUUUGGAGAAUGUGAAACUUGUUUUUAGUCAACCUAUGCAAACAGAGCUUCCCUGGUGCUCCUUGGGAUCAGUUUGUAUGCACACAAAUCCACACCCUCAGAAGCAGUCUGACUCCAAGCCCUGUCCCUGGGGUUCAGAUUCCUUCUCCCAGAACCUUCUCCCAGGAUCCUAUCCGGUUUGCUCAUACAAUCAGAAGUGUUUGCAAAAAUAAUUGAGUAUGGUCAUUUAUUUUUUCCGUAGGGUCCUUGCAGAUGUGGUCUUAAAAGCAUAUGAAAGAAAAUAAAUUUUAUAGUGAAUAGAUGCUCUAAUUAGGUUGAGGAACGCUGAAGAAGGAUUGGUUGUUUUUCCCAAAAAUUUUGGAGCAGACAGGGGAAGUUUUAUUUACCUCAUCCCUGGCUCCAAGUUCCCGUCACUUUCUCUCAUUUAUUUAUUUUUAAUUCCAAAGGAGAAUGUUGAAUCCAAAGUUUGCUUACAAUUCUGGUUAAUGUAUAAAAGGACAGACUAGUGUGUUUUUGUAAAUCAUGAAGGGUGGAGAAAUGGGGGUGCUAAAACCCCUGAUUACCCUGUCUCUGAUCCAAGGAAAUGGAUUCAUGAAUUCCUGGAGUGGUAUCCUUCUUAAAACAUAGGAGCACAAACCUAGGGACUUGCAUUUCAGAGAGUCUGGUCGAAAGCUGUUAAUGGGAUCUGUGGUAAAUGGGUCACCAUUUAGAAUAGUGAUGGAGUCUAGCUCGCUUCCCUUAGAAGACCUUACUCUGUAAAAUCAAGAAUCUGUGUUGGCUGAAGGAAUUGAACUCAUGAUCUCAUUUGAAUUCCUGUUCCUCUCAUCUUUCAGAACCAGCAGAGCACUGGGUUGAACCUAACAAAAUAAUUUGUCAAAAUUAUAUGAACAUGUUUAAAUAUUUUCAGCACCACCCUCGACAUUUAUAAAAAUAAAGACCCGAUUCAUGAGGUUACCUGGAGAUCUCCAAACACAGUUUGCCUAGGGAUUAUCAAGCUCCUCUUUUAUCCGUUGCUGAUGCUUUGAAUGUGCUGUCAACACAGAGGAGUCUGAAUUUUGCUGGUACUAACAUCAAAUGGUGAUCUACUGGGGCCUUGUUCAUGUUCCUUUCUCCUGACCUCAUUCAAGUGCUUGAUGACUUGGGUCAGUUUGUUGCACACUGAUGUAUACCAAGUGACACCCACUGAAAUUACCUCUUCUCCUUUCCAAUACAGUUUGCUUGUACAUAAGUGUAAUGUCAAAUUGUUUACAGGUUCUUUUUGUGUAUAAUUGUGAUAGCAGAUUUAGCUCAAACUUUAAAGGAAUCUGUUUACUGAAUGGUGUUAAAAUGGAUGUGCUUAUUACAGUAUAAACAUCAUUAAUUAUGGACUCACACGAAUGCAUGUCUACAUGUCGUCAAUUUCCAGCAGCUCGGUUAAUCCAGCAAAAAGUCUGCGGUCUGUGAAUAGCAAAUAUACAUAAACUACUGUGAUUCUAAUAACUCAGUAACUGUUUUUACCUUGAUAUGUAACACUGUAGAUUUUAGCCUGCUGUAUUAUUUUCUUACCUAUUUGUUUGGAGGAGACAGACAUAAGAGAUAGUAUACUAAUUGUCCCAAUGGAAUUGCACACCAUUUCGGCGACCAUUGGUCCACCUAGAAGGCAACUGCCUAUUGAUGGAACAAUGGCCCUAGGCAACAUAUAAAUAUAUACAUACAUAUCUAUGUAUGCAAUAUCUAAAUGCUAAUUACUACCAUCUAUUUUCACUGCCAAUGGAAACUACUAUUUUCUUUGGAAUCAUUGAUGAUAUAAAAAUUAAUUUGCUAUUAUCUGCUUUCAUAUUCUGUUUAGUUCAUCUAGUAUGGUAAAUGAUACAGGUGCAGUAUCAGUAUUGUAAAAUUGUGUGGUGAAGACUACAAAAAGUCAUACUGUGGAUAUAUUUUAAAAGGCAGACCAGAAACUAUAUUUCAGAUUCUUGUGUGAAUAUAAUUACAGAAAUAGCAACUAUUUUUUAUGUGUUUCCAUAAAUGACUCCAUUUCAUAUACAUUGUAACUUAGCACCAAUCAUAAUAAAUCAUUUGGUAACAUUUA